AACUUCGUGGGUAGGAGGGAGGAAACAACGGGGAACCUGGGCACGCUUGUGCACUCGGGCGAUGCAAUGGCUGCAGGCGAGUUCGCUUUUACAAGAGACAAAGGGACCAGGUCUCAAACAGAAGUCGACGACCGUCAGGAACGUCGUAGUCAUCUGUUGGCUGUCAGCCAGCAGAAGCGGCUUGAAAAUAUUUCCCGUCAGUAUGCACAGCAACGAGCCUUUCAGGCCGAGCUUGAGGCAAACGAAGUGCGCAUACUUGCCACAUUUCAAUUUCAAUUCUAUCAGAACUAA